AUGGAGCGUAAGUUCGGCGAAUGCCUAAAAUUUGCUAAGGGAAGACUGGAGACAAUAGAGUGGGAUGAAAGCGUUUUGCUCAGUCCAAUCCCGCAGGAGAAAUUUCCUGAUGAACUCAUAAAUGAUCAAUGGUGCUCAGAAUCGCCGAGCAAAGAUUACGAGCUACGAUUGCAGGAAGCAGCGAUCAAAAAACUUUUCUUUGAGGGGUCGGAGCUUCCCGAGAAUGAGCGCGUAGUUCAUUUCGCAGUGAUCAUGGACCUCUGUCAUCAUCUGGGGAGGCUAAGAGGCGAAGACUCCGCCAGAAAACUCUGGAUCACCACAUAUUUCGAGCUCUUCAAGCAGGCCUUGAGUUUUCUCUGCUUGCCGCGAGGCCACCUCAAGUUCUGGCCCUACGUUGAAACCAGAAUGCAUUGGUUUCAAAGUGGAUACGCACCGGAGGUCAAGUAUGGACAAACUAACCUAAGUGCCAUCAAGGCUCCAUUUUCCAAAAUAACAUUUCACAUUAAUAAGCUUCUCUCUACAAUGCGAGAGCAGUCGAAACUUUCUACGCCGCUUCACUACAAGCUGGGAAUGAAAAUCCACUGGUUUUUGUCACAGUGCUUAUCGCCCAUGGAGCAGGCAAACACCAACAGGCGAGGAAACUUUGCUAAAAGCUUACCAGAACAGCUUUGGGAUACAAAGGCGAGCGAAUUCGAAGAUGCCCCUGCAUUUUUCAAUGACCUGCGCAAAGUUGAACACCAGUUUGUGAGUGAUCCCCUUGGAUGGGCAUUCACCGAUCCCUCUCAGAGACUAAGUCUAGAAAGAUAUCUUUUACCGGUGAUAGACGAAAUCUUACUCCACGAAUCUUACUUCUAUGCUCAGAUCAAGCGCAAAAAUCUAAGGUUGGACAGGCUCAAACAUAAGCUGCACUUACGCGCAUCUAUCAGCAGCGGUUCGAUCGCGGUGAGUAGAGACAUGACAAAAGCAAACAAAAACUCAACAGGUAUGAGCCCGGGUAAUUCUCAGAAUGAACCAUUCACUGUUCGUCCCUUGAUGCUGGAUCAGCCUUCUUGGGAUCCUGAACUUGUACUAUCAAGAUUGCAAGAUCCCUUCAACGACUUCUUUCGUAAACAAGUUGUUAUACAACUUGUCAUAGCUUCAAAUCUUGUGGAGCGUGUUUUGGAAGAUGAUUCUAUUAAAGCAUUCUAUUCAAGCCAGCAUUAUCAAAACCUUGAUCCUUCCGUCGGCGGAGAUUCAGAAAAAACACUGAAGGACCUUGGGUACUUCAUAAAAGACCGAGUGCGACGUUUCUAUGAGCAGAGGGAUACAGUUUUUCAAGGUCUUUUGGACCAUAUGCUCAUAAAUGAAGACGCCUUAUUGGAAUUGAAAACCAAAAGAGGCUUCAAAAUCUUUAGUUCAUUCACUUUCCCUGAAAAGGGCCUUUCGGAGGCGCCUAGUCCCAAAUAUUCCUUCAAAGGAUUCGGUUGGUCAAAAUUUGGCAACAAAAAACUUGAUGCGGCGUGGAAGACCGAAACUGGACUCCAAAAUAUCAAAAUGGAUGCUGAGAGUCCGCAAGCCGUAUUUGAAGAGCUUCGAACUGAAUACAAAACCGAAGACACAUCUGUUUCCGACACGGCUCACCAUGAUACGGUGAAGCAGUGGAGGCAGAUGCGUGUCCUGAGGCCACAGUAUGUUUUUCAGCUUGGGAAUGUUGAUGAAAGGACGGGGAUGGAAGGAUUAUUCAACGAAAAUGUGGUAACUGAAUCCCAGAACCACAAAAAAGAGCUUAGAAUGGAGAGAGAAGAAGAAAGCAGGAAAGCUCAUGACAAGAAAUUGGAAGAAGCUCGAUCUUAUUUUGCAAUGAAAAAGAAAAGACCUAUAGAUUCGGUGGAAAAUGCGAGCUUGCCGCCUAGCAAAAAGCAGACCACUGACUCAAGUUCACCUGAAGCGGUGACAGAAGUUACCCUCAACGAGCGAGCAUCAGCUACCAAGGAGCACAAGGAAGCUGCUCAGCAACUUCCCGAAAAUGUCAUCGAGGACCCCGAUUCUACCAACACAAGUAAGCCUUCAAGUGAAGAUAACGAGGAAAUGAAGCCAGAGGAGAACAGUGAACAGCUACCUUCGGAAAACAUUACCGAAACUCAUGGAAAAACAACAACUCUCCUGCCAGCUUCACCGGAAGAUGACAGUCAAAUAAAGGACACAACUGAAGCUAUGGCCUCGGACUCAUCAAAAUCGACAAACGACGAGAGCACACUCGAGGCUGCUGGUAAGAGCUAA